AUGAGUUAUAUGCUGCGGAGCGAUCCCAUGACGCAGUGCGACAUGUUCCUGCCGCCCGAUGCCGCCUUCAUGGUGCUCGCGCAUCUUGGCGAGAUGGAGUGCGUGCAGUUCACUGAUUUGAAUGAGGAACUCAAUGCCUUCCAGCGCAAGUACGUUUUAGAAAUAUGCCGCAUUGCCGAAAUUGAGCGUAAACUUCGUUACAUCCACGAUAAGAUGCGUGACGAUGAUAUUCAGAUACCAAAACUAAAGGGCAAUCCUCCAGCUCUUGAGCUUCACGAGAUCAAUUCUUACGAGACCAUCAUUGAAAAAUGGGAAAGAGUUGUUGUGGAGAUGACCGCGAGCGUGACAACGAUGCAUAAAACUUAUGCGGAAUUGACCGAAUUGUUUUACACGUUGACCAGCGUAUCGGUGAUGGUGGGCAAUGCGGACCUGCGCACGGCUAACCUCGGGGUAAUCAAACAUGUCGCUACAGGUGGUAAGCUAAGCGCCGCCCAACAGCAUCAUCAUGCAGCGGAGGACAGCGGCGGGCGGCUCACCGUGAUCACGGGGCUCGUGCAGCGCAAGCGCUCGUACAACUUCCAGCUCAUGCUGUGGCGGCUCUCACACGGCUGCGCCUUCUACAAGCAAUCUGACGACGACCAAAUAUUCAAAGAUCCCAUGAAUAAUUCUGACGUCCGCAAGGUAGCUUUCCUACUAGUUAUACAAGGAGAGGAGUUGUCUAACCGUAUGAGGAAGGUUUGCGAUGGAUUUCGAUGCGAUCUGUACCCGCUGCCACCCACCGCGUCGCAGAGGGCGCAAUCCGAAUUGCAACUUAAAUCGAAGAUUGGAGACUUAGCACUGGUGUUGGAAAAGACCAAAUUUCAUCGUUGCAUGAUAAUGCGCACGAUGUCCAAGGCUUACCCAACAUAUAUAUUAAGACUCAGAAAGGCUAAAGCGAUAUACCAUACUAUGAAUUUUUUUACCGUUGAUAUCACCAAAAAUUGUUUGAUUGGUGAAUGUUGGAUCCCCACCUCAGAUUUGGGGCGAGUACAAGCAGUAUUGGAUAUGAGCUCGGAGAAAAUGGCAACCUCUGUGCCGUGUUUCAUGUCCAAGCUGUCAACUCACGAAACACCCCCUACUUUCCAUCGCACCAAUAAGUUCACAUACGGCUUUCAAGCGCUUAUUUCGGCGUAUGGUGAUUCUACUUACAGGGAAUUAAAUCCAGGUCUCUACACAAUAAUAACUUUCCCGUUUCUCUUCUCAUUGAUGUUUGGCGACCUGGGCCACGGGUUGAUCAUGCUCUCAGCUGCUGCGUGGAUGCUUGUUAAUGAAAAAAAAUUCAUGACAGAGAGGUCGGACAGUGAGAUAUGGAAUAUCUUUUUUGGCGGACGAUACAUAAUGCUGCUGAUGAGUUUAUUCAGCAUUUACGCUGGUUUUGUGUACAAUGAAUGUUUCUCAAAAUCCUUUACACUGUUUGCUCCUGGUUGGAGAGUGCCACACACGUACGCCCAAUUAGUUGAACAGGAGUCUUUUCUUUUGGAACCCGGGGACCACACUCACGCUUACAUCUUUGGAAAGGAUCCAAUUUGGGAAUUGGCGAAGAAUAAAAUUCUAUUCGAAAAUUCACUGAAAAUGAAAAUGUCUAUAAUUAUUGGAGUUACCCAUAUGAUAUUUGGAUUAACUCUUAGUUUUUUUAACUUUACGUUUUUUAAAAAAAAAAGAUAUUUGAUUGUUCUGCAGUUUAUACCCCAAAUACUAUUUUUGCUGUGCAUAUUCUUUUGGCUAGUCAUUUUAAUCUUCUUUAAAUGGUUCAAAUAUGGCGGUGCAUCCCCCCCCAGUGUAAAGGAAGGGCAAGGCUGCGCGCCACUGGUGCUGAUCCUGUUUAUCGACAUGGUACUGGUGUCCACGUCGCAGCCGGUGGCGCCCGAGUGCGACGCCUAUAUGUUCGACAAGCAGCAGAUCGUGCAGCAGUCGCUCCUGUUAGUGGCCGUCAUCUGCGUGCCGAUCAUGCUCUUCGGCCCUCCCUGCUUCGCGGCGCAAGUUGCCAAAAAGAAGAGAAAGCAGUUACUGAAAAAAAUACCGAACGAGGAGUACGACUCAGAGGCAUAUGCGAAGUGGAUGCAUGAAAUGGAGGAGGCGUCGGAGUCGUUUAGCGACCUUAUGAUCCACCAGGGCGUGGAGACCAUCGAGUUCGUGCUCAGCACCAUCUCGCACACCGCCUCCUACCUGCGGCUGUGGGCGCUGUCGCUCGCGCACGCACAAUUGUCGGAAAUGCUCUGGGGUAUGAUUUUCUCCAAGAUGGCCCUUACUGAUCAUUCCUUAAUGGGAGCGUUUAAGAUCGUCGUCGUGUUUAUAGUUUGGGGGACGUUUACCUUAAACAUUCUGGUGCUGAUGGAAGGCUUGUCUGCAUUCCUGCACACGCUGCGUUUGCAUUGGGUGGAGUUUAUGAGCAAGUUCUUCAUGGGCACUGGUGUUAUGUUCAAACCGUUUUCCUUUGAAGCGUUAUUCUCCGAUGCCGUUAAGGAUAAAACGGAAGUCUGUCCCAGUAUGAAGACUUUUGAAUAUUAGGUGUAGUUAUUGUCUUUCUUACUCCUUACGGUAUUCAACUAUCCUUAAC